CCCCCCCCCAACCAAAUUCUAACCCUAACCCUCGAUUUCGUAGAAGCUGUAUAAUUUGCGCUAAUCCUCUAUUACAAGAAUCAAUUCGAGUUACUUUUCUGAAUUUGGGGAGCAGAUAAGAAGAAAUUGAAGGUUGGCUGAGUAUCAAUCUUACUAUUUUGAAUCCUUGUUGGUUACGCUACUGUGCAAGUUGGAAGUGAUGGCGGAUCCUCAUAAUGUUGAGUUUGAGGCUGCAAAGUUUCUGCAGAAACUUAUUCACGAGUCUACAGAUGAGCCAGCGAAAUUGGCGACGAAACUUUAUGUUAUAUUGCAACAUAUGAAAGCAAGUGGGAAGGAAAAUUCUAUGCCGUACCAAGUAAUAUCAAGGGCCAUGGAAACGGUUAUAAAUCAGCAUGGCCUUGAUGUUGAGGCAUUGAUGUCGUCACGCCUUCCUUCGAGUAGCGGAUCUCAUGUGGGAGAGUCUAAUAGAGCACAGCAAGCAGGAUGUUCACAGUCUGUAAGAGUUGUCAUAGACUCUAAAUCAGGCAUGGCUGAAAAUGACACUACCAGACCAGAUGGUUUUAGUUCGGGCAGGCCACCUGUUGUUUCUACCAGUAUAGGAAAUGACCCUUUCCAAGGAUCUGUUUCCCAAAGGAGUGCAAUGUCAUUUGACCAUGAGAGCCCUUCAAGUAUGGACACUAGAUCUACUAACUCAUUUCCGCAGGAUAGGCGUGAACCAGGCUGGGAACAACAACCUAUUCAGAAAGAUCAUAAAAGAGCUAGCAUUAAGAGAAAGAGAGCUGAUUCAUCUGGCAUAACAAUACCAGACGAUACCACCCACCAGCCUGAUACUCAUUCUGGCAUGCCUGAUCUAAGGAAGGAGAGGCUGACUGGCAAGUCUGAAGCCGGAGGGACUCUUCCAGUUGAGAAUGAAUUCUGGAAGCACGGAUACGCCAAAGGUUCAACAAAUUUCCGAGAGAGAGCUGUACCGGGCACUCUACCAUCUGGUAUUCAAGUUGACAUAACUACGAGACACCUGAAUUUAGCAUCUUCUUUGGAUGCUGCUGGAAAUUUCCAUACGCCGGCAAAUGCUGAUAGGCUUUCUCAGGUUGGUAAUUCCAGCAAUCUCUGUGAAGGGGGAUUACCUGGAAGUUCAGUCUUUAGAGAUUCAGGAAAGUAUCAAACAGUUUCGGCUUCCUCAACAAGCAUGCCUUUCAAAGAGCAUCAUUUGAAACAGCUCAGAGCCCAAUGUUUGGUCUUCUUAGCAUUCAGAAAUGGUUUGUCCCCAAAAAGACUCCAUCUUGAGAUUGCGCUUGGGAACAUCUUAUCUAAAGAAGUAGGAUCCAACAGCAGUGUAGAUGGAACUCAAAAUGAGCUAAUUAAAGAUCAGGGAAGACAACAAUGUUCUUUUGAGUCAAGCAGUAUGUCUGAAGUCGCUUUGCCUGUAGGAAACCGUGCUGAUGUGAAGAGUGAUGUUUCUGCCCCUGCUGAUGUCAGAGAGGCUGAUCUGCUCACAAAGGAAGCUGAGAAUAUAAAACCAGUGGUGGUAAAACCUUGCUCGUUGGCUAACCUUUCACACAUUGAUGAAGAAAAGAAACACCUUCCUCCUGACAAUGAGAUUCUGGAGGAUGAUAGAGAGAGUCAGGAAACAGCCAACUCAUCUGCACUUGUAGCAGAUUCAUUGCAUCCUGAUACUUCAGGAAUGAGGAGUCCAGCCACCCAUAUUAAUGAAGAAAUCUUGCAUCCUGAUACUUGUGUUAUUGGUGUGAACAAGCAGUUGAAGCCAGAUAUGAUAAGGUGGACAAGAGUUAAUCAUAAUGACCCUUCUCGGGGGCCAUUGCAUGCCUCGGUUCAACAUGAAUUAGGAAGUUGUAACGGGAACGUUUCAAAUUUGUCUCAACGUGACAGCAAUAUUCAGAAUCAACAGCGUGCUGAUAGUCAAUUGUCCGCAUCUUGGAAGUCAAUUCAAGGCAUGGACAAAGAAUAUAACAGGGCAAGACCAGCAAAUGAUGCUAAUAUGUUGCUCAGAAAUGCCUUGCUUGAUGGUAAUGGUGGUCUAGAAAUCCAAACAAGAUCUAUCUCAGAUGGAUUUAAAGUAGUUCCUGAUUCAAAUUACAUGCAUAAGGAUUAUAACGCACUUGCUCCUACGGAUAAAGUCUCCGAGCCUGAAGCAGAAGAAAAGUCGGUGUCUGCCAACAUGCCCCCUUCUCCAAAAUGUACGCUGUCUGAAAAGUGGAUUAUGGCUCACCAGAAAAAAAAACUUGCUGUUGAACAGAAAUGGGUGCAAAAGCUGCAGAAAGCAGAUAACAAAAUUGCCACCUGUUUUAAUGAGCUGAAGGAAACAGUGAGCUCAUCUGGAGAUAUAUCUGCCAAAACAAGGAGUGUGAUUGAGUUGAAAAAGCUUCAGUUAUUGGAGCUUCAGCGUUGCCUUCGAAGAAAUAUUCUGAGUGAUUUCUUUAAGCCCAUUCAAACUGACAUGGAUCGGUUGAAGUCGAUCAAGAAACACCGUGUCGGUAGGAGGUUGAAGCAUGUUGAAAAAUUUGAGCAGAAGAUGAAGGAGGAACGCCAGAAGAGGAUACGUGAGAGGCAGAAGGAGUUCUUCAGUGAAGUAGAAGUUCACAAGGAAAAACUGGAAGAUGUGUUUAAAUAUAAAAGAGAACGCUGCAAGGGUUUUAAUCGAUAUGUGAAGGAGUUUCACAAAAGAAAAGAGCGGAUACACAGGGAAAAAAUUGACAGAAUUCAGCGUGAGAAAAUCAACUUACUGAAAAUCAAUGAUGUGGAGGGUUACUUGCGGAUGGUUCAGGAUGCCAAAUCCGAUAGAGUCAAGCAACUUCUGAAAGAGACAGAGAAGUAUCUCCAGAAGCUUGGAUCAAAGCUUAAGGAGGCAAAGGCUGCUGCUCGACAAUUUGAGAUGGAAGAAAACAGGAUUGCCACUAUUGAUGAGAGUAGUGACAUUUUCACAGAGACAGAGGAUGAAAGUGAUCAGGCAAAGCAUUACAAGGAAAGCAAUGAGAAGUAUUACUUGAUUGCUCAUAGUAUCAAGGAGAACAUUGCGGAGCAACCAGCUGGACUACGGGGUGGAAAAUUGAGAGAGUACCAAAUGAAUGGCCUGCGAUGGCUUGUCUCACUUUACAAUAAUCAUUUGAAUGGGAUACUUGCAGAUGAAAUGGGUCUUGGGAAAACUGUUCAGGUGAUUUCCUUAAUUUGUUACUUGAUGGAGACAAAAAAUGACAGAGGACCUUUCCUGGUGGUUGUUCCUUCUUCCGUUCUUCCUGGAUGGGAACAGGAAAUGAGUUUUUGGGCACCUGGCAUAAACAAAAUUGUUUAUGCAGGGCCUCCAGAGGAGCGGCGCAGGCUAUUCAAGGAGAGCAUCAUCCAUCAGAAAUUCAAUGUCCUUUUGACAACAUAUGAAUAUUUGAUGAAUAAGCAUGACAGGCCUAAGCUGAGUAAAAUUUUUUGGCAUUACGUUAUAAUUGAUGAAGGACAUCGAAUAAAGAAUGCAUCAUGCAAGCUAAAUGCUGAUUUGAAGCUUUAUCAUAGUUCACACAGAUUGCUAUUAACUGGAACGCCUUUACAGAACAAUCUUGAAGAGCUUUGGGCUUUGCUCAAUUUUCUAUUACCGAACAUUUUCAACUCUUCUGAGGAUUUCUCUCAGUGGUUCAACAAACCAUUUGAAAGUAAUGGGGACAAUUCUCCAGAUGAGGCCUUGCUAUCAGAGGAGGAGAAUCUAUUGAUUAUUAAUCGUCUUCAUCAAGUUCUUCGUCCGUUUGUACUUAGAAGGCUGAAACACAAGGUUGAGAAUGAAUUACCUGAGAAAAUCGAGAGGCUUGUCAGGUGCGAGGCUUCUGCAUACCAAAAGCUCCUGAUGAAGAGAGUGGAGGAAAAUCUUGGUUCACUUGGAAUGACGAAGGCUCGAACUGUUCACAACUCUGUUAUGGAGCUCAGGAAUAUCUGCAAUCAUCCAUAUCUUAGCCAGCUUCAUGCAGAAGAGGUGGAUAAUUUCAUACCUAAACACUUUCUGCCACCAAUUAUAAGACUAUGCGGCAAGCUUGAGAUGCUCGAUCGAUUGCUUCCUAAACUUAAAGCGACUAAUCAUCGGGUCCUGUUCUUCUCUACAAUGACGAGAUUGCUUGAUGUCAUGGAGGAGUAUCUUGUAUGGAAACAAUAUCGAUACCUUAGGUUAGACGGGCAUACAUCUGGCAUGGAGCGUGGUGCACUUAUUGAACAAUUCAACCGGGCUGAUUCUCCCUUUUUUAUAUUCUUGCUCAGUAUUCGGGCCGGAGGUGUGGGGGUUAAUCUACAAGCAGCAGAUACUGUCAUCAUAUUUGACACAGAUUGGAAUCCUCAGGUUGAUUUGCAAGCCCAGGCUAGAGCCCAUAGGAUUGGACAGAAGAAGGAUGUGCUUGUUCUUAGACUAGAAACAGUCCAUACUGUGGAGGAGCAAGUCAGAGCUGCAGCUGAGCAUAAAUUGGGUGUGGCUAACCAGAGUAUUACUGCUGGUUUCUUUGAUAACAAUACAAGUGCUGAAGAUCGUAGGGAGUAUUUGGAGUCUCUAUUACGGGAAUCUAAGAAAGAAGAAGCUGCACCUGUGUUGGAUGAUGAUUCAUUAAAUGAUAUUUUAGCUCGGAGUGAGUCUGAGAUUGAUGUGUUUGAAUCAAUUGACCAGAAAAGGCGGGAAGAGGAGAUGGUCAACUGGAAGAGGCUGGUACUGGAGAAGGAGGGUGAUUGUGAUGUAGCUAUUCCACCUCUUCCAUCACGUCUUGUAACAGAUGAUGAUCUGAAGACAUUCUAUGAAGCAAUGAAGAUACAUGAUGUACCUAAUGAUGGAGCUGUAUCUAGUUCUGGAAUGAAGAGGAAGAGUGGGUAUUUGGGAGGCUUUGAUACUCAACAAUAUGGGCGGGGAAAGCGGGCAAGAGAGGUGCGAUCUUAUGAAGAACAAUGGACAGAAGAGGAAUUCGAAAAAAUUUGUCAGGCCGAGUCUCCGGAAACUCCCAAGCCAAAAGAUGAGAAAUUGGAUAACUCUUUGGCAUCUGAUAGUGGUCAAGCUGCUGGCAGAGUGGAGCUAUCUUUGGAGACCCUGCAAGCUCCUCCGCCCUCUUUAGUAUCAUCACCACUUGUCAAAAAAGAGGUCACACCACCAGUCAAGCGGGGCAGAGGAAGGCCUAGAAGAACACCAGCUGAUGUCUCUCCUGCCAUAGGGGCUAGCUCGACACCUGUUGGAGUUACCAAACCUGGAACUCAAUUGCAGGAAGGAAUAGAUUCCUGUGCAGUGAAUUCGAGUGGUCCUGAAACUCAUGGUACAUCUAUUGUCACUAAAGAUUCCAGUGGAGGCAAUCAUCAGGCUGAUGUUGUGGUUUCUCACAGCUCUAAGGCAAUCCCUCCUUUGCUUCCUUCUUUUGAUCCCAGGGUUCAAUAUAACCCUGACAAUAUUUCUGUUACAACUCAGCCUAAAAGACAAGGUCGAAAAGGACAGCCAACUGAGAAGUAUAUUGAAGGGAAUUCAGGGACUGAAUCUGUCAGGCGAAGGGGAAGGAAACCCGGUCGUAGCUUACCCCUUGAUCCUGCUGGUUCUCUGGUUCAAGAGUCAAAACCCAGAGAACAACCACUGAAACAACCAUCCUCUGUUAUGUCUGCAUCAACUACUUCUAGGGUUAGCCCAAAUAACCUUCUUGCAGAGGGUGUAGGUGGUUCAGGUACCAAAUGUGUGGAAGGUCGUACUGGUUUAGCUGUUCAAGAUUCAAAAGUUUGUGGAUCGGAAGUUAAGCAGACUUCACUUGAUUUAUCAUCAGAAACUGUAGCUCCUUUUAGUGGCACAGAAACAAACAAACCCAGUGCUUUUUCAAAUAAUCAAAUUGCUACUGUCCAAGAUUCUUUAGGUGUUUCUGCUGAUACAGCUGCUAAAGAUCCAAAACGUAAUGACCAGUCUAAAGUAGCUGUCCUGGAUUCCUCCUCUGUUCCAUUGGUUCUUUCUGAAGCGUCUCUUGUGACCAAAGGUUAUCCUGUGUCUCAAGAUCAACUUGUCUCUAUUUCCGAGUCUUUUGAUGACUCUUUUGCUGCAGCAAAGGUAGGAAUCCUUCCUAGUCUAAAAUCAGGGACUGGGCCUCACGAAGUUAAUCCACCAGCUGCUUAUCCUUGCUCUGGAUCUGCCCUGACUGGCUCACUCAGACCUGGUAGAAGACAAAGCCAGAAGCCUCAAUGUGGAAUUGAACCAGUCAGACGACGGGGUCGAAAACGGGGUGGGAUUGUAUCAACUCACCCUGCUCCACCUGAUGUUCAUAAUAAAAAAGUGAAUGAGCCAGUGAAAAGCACAGAUCCAAUGUCCACUUCAGUUGUCAAAUACGAUGCUGCACCUUUCAAAUCUGCUAACCCUGGCCUUGGUUCACAUGUUGUAACAGUUCCUGUAAUACCUCUUGUCCCAGUAUCAGGUUUCGCACGAGGUUCUACGCAGAGUAGUGUUGUUAGCAGCUCGGUGCAUCCUGUAAGCAUGGACUUUGUGUCCACGCCCAGUAUACCUGUUACUUCACAACCAAGUUCUGUUCUAUCUGGAGCUCCUGCUAUUUCCUCUGAGCAAGUCCACGGGAAAGAUCAAAGAGUACAAGCUGGAGAAAUAGUACCACGUCGACGAGGAAGGAAAAAGAGUGCAUCACUCACUGCUGUCGGUGUUGAUGGUCAGUCUUCAUCUUCAAAGCAAUCUGAUAGGAGUCUCGAGGACCAUAUUGAUCGCAAAGUCAUAUCAACUAGGAGUAGACAAAUAAACAUUUCUCAGACUAAGAUUUUACAGGAAGAAGCACAUGCAUCCAACACUUCUAUUGUUUUAACCAGCAAGGAUUUAGAGGCAAUACAAUCACCUAAUUUGUCGUCUCAUGUUGUCAGUCCAUCUGUUCUGGAUCCUGCCUCCGUUAAGGCCAAUGGAGCUAGUAAAACUCAAGAAUCAAGGUUUGCUGACCCAAUAGAAUAUACAACUAUGUGCCGUAGUUUAGCAGAGGUUCCACCCGUAUCAUGCAAGGGUAAAACAAAUGUAAUUGUUUUGGCUUUAGAAUCAACUGGUUCUGCUAUAGAUCCUACUGAAUUUAGUUGCAGAAAAGCUGAUAAAAAAGAAGAUUGUUUGGAGUUGUCAAAGGAUGCGGCAAAACAUGUACCUGCAUCAGAAGCUCGAGUUUCUAGAUUAGAGGUCAACUGUGCUGGUGGUACUCAAGAUCGUGUGGAUGAGGAAUUGUCCGCACCUCCAGGAUUUGACACCCCUAGACCUGAGGCAUCAGAUACUGCAAUGAGGAAUUCGUUGGAAAGCAAUGAUGAUGGCAUGUUGAAGAAUCUUUAUGCGAAAAGAGGCCCUGUUGUCUUGGCUCUGGAGUCACUUGCAUUGGCUGUUGAUCCUUGUAGCACGGCAUGCAUAAAUAUGUCUGAGAAGGAAGUAUCUUCAGAACUGCACAGAGCCAAAGAUGCAGGAAGUGGGAGUGUCUCUUUGCUAAAGCCUAUAGAACCAGCUUUUAAAUCGCCUAGUACAGUCUUGACAAGUCAGCCAGAAGAAGAAAUAUCAGCUCCACCUGGAUUCGACAUCCCGCAACGGUGCUCUUCUGAAAAUGCAACUGCAAUGUCUUUGGAAUGUGAUGAUGGCCUGGCUUCGGACAUGCUUGCUGAUUCUUCUUUUAAAUCCAAUGUGGAGGAAGUUUUUCAAGCUUGCUCUGUGGUCAAGGGCAUGUAUGGCCCAUUGAGAGGACCUCAUGAUGGUACUGCUGAAAAUGGCACUGUUGCUGCUUCGAGAACCGCCAUUGCUGUGGGUUCUGAUAUUGCAUAUGCUUCAACUUUGUAUUUAAGGUCAAGAGAAGAUGAACAUUUUCGUGGACGUGAUGAUGGAAAAGUUGAUGAUACUGAUGCUCCCACAACAUCCAGAAUUCUAGGUUCGAGUACUGCAGCAGCUUCCAGUUCGGAAUUAAAUGUGGAAAAAUGUCGUGAGCAUGAUGAUGGCUAUGCUGAGAACGCUGCUUGUGAUUCAAUGUCUGAUGCUGCAGCAACUUUCACUUUAGCACCAAAAAAGCAAGAUGACUUACACGGGUGCGUUGAUGACAAUGGCGAACUUCAGACUGGUGAUGCUCCUGCAGAAUCCUGUGUUGUACGUUCUGUUGCUGCAACAAGUAUAACUUCGAUUUUGAAAGAGAAAGAAGAGUGCCAUGGAGUUGAUGACAAUGUUGAACAUGAUGUUAGUGAUGCUCUCCCAGCUUCAUAUGUUGUAGGUUCUCUUACUGAGACCAGCACAACAUUGAUUUUAAGUGAGAAAGAAGGUUGCCAUGCGUUUGAUGAUCAAAAAGCUGAACAUGAAGCUGCUGAUACUGCAAGAACUUUGACUUUGGAGUCGAAAGAAAAAUUUUAUGGGUCUGAAGAUGGCUAUACUGAAAUCGAUGCAGGUGAUACUCUCGCAGCAUCCCAUGCUGUAGCGUCAGAUACCGCAGUAUAUGUAACUUUGGAAUCUGUAGAAAAAGAAGGCUUCCGCCGCCCUGGUGUUGGCAUCGCUGUACUUGAUUCAGGUUAUACUCCUACAACUUCACAUAUUGUAGGUUCUAACGCCAAAGCAGUUUUGAAUUUGGAAGCAGAUGAGAAAGAAAAGUGUUCUGGACCUAGUGAGAGCAAUGCUGUACUUGGUGGUGGUGAUGCUUCAUUAGAACUGUGUGCUUUAAGUUCUGAUAUUGCUGUGACUUCAAUUUUGGCAUCAAAACAAACAGAAGAGCACCAUGAUCCUGAUAAUACAGGGACAUCUUCAAGUUUGGAAUCGAAAGAGGUAGAAGAAUGUCCUGAACCUGAUCAUGGCGAUGCUCCCACAACUCUCUACAUCGUAGGUUCUGAGGCAUCUUCAAAUCUGGAAUCGAAAGAGACGGAAGUGUGUCAUGGACAUGUUGAUGAGUAUGCUGAAAAUGUUGCAGCGGAUGCUCCUACUGUUGUAGGUUCUGGUACUGCUCUAAGAUCAUCCUUGGAUUCAAAAGAGACAGAAGAGUUAUGUGGGCACAAUGAUGGCCGUGCUGAACUUGAUGUGGGCAAUGCUCCCACAGCUUCCAUUACUGUAGGUUCUGAUGGUGAGCCAGUUUUGACUUUGAAUAUAAAAGGGAACGAAGACCGUCAAGGGAGUGGAGAGGGCAUUGCUAAACAGGACGCUGUUGAUGCUCCUCCAGCCUGUACUAUUGGUUUUGAUAACAGAACAGCUUCAACUUUUGAUCCGAAAGAUGGAAGGCCCGAGGAUGCCAAUGCUGAACUUGAUGCUGGUGCUGCCCUCAUAGGCGCUGAUAUUCCAACAGCUUCAAUCAUGGUACCAAAAGAUAAAGAAGAGUGUCAUGUCCCUGAUGAUGUUGAUGCUGCAAAAAAUGCUGGCGCUACACCUAGAGCUUCCUGCGUUGCUCAUACUGAACUGGAUGCUGGUGCUGUCUUCAGAAGCACUGAUAUUCCAACAGCUUCAACUAUGGUAUCAAAAGAUCAAGAAGAGUGUCAUGGCCCUGAUGAUGGCGAUGCUGCACAAAAUGCUGGUGGUACUCCUAUAGCUUCCUGCAUUGUUCAUACUGAAAUUGAUGCUGGUGCUAUCUUCAAAGGCGCUGAUAUUCCAACAGCUUCAGUUAUGGUACCAAAAGAUCAAGAAGAGUGUCAUGGCCCUAAAGAUGGCAAUGCUGCGGAAAAUGCUGAUGGUACUUCUACAGGCUCCUCUGUUGUUCAUACUGAACUUGAUGCUGGUGCUGUCUUCAAAGGCGCUGAUAGUCCAACAGCUUCAAUCAUGGUAUCAAAUAAUCAAGAAGAGUGUCAUGGCACUGAUGAUGGCGAUGCUGCACAAAAUGCUGAUGGUACUCCUAGAGCUUCCUGCGUUGUCCAUACUGAUACUGCAGCAGCUUCAACUUUGGAAUGAAAUGGUUUAAUAGUGUCAUGGGGGAUGCUUGUUCAUUUGGAGGGGAUGAUGAUGGCAAUGCUGACGAUGGUGGAGUGCUGGUGAUGCUUCUACAGCUUCCGGUUAACAGCUUUGGGUUCAUACUGUCAAUAUUUUAGAUUGGAUUCCCGGGUGCUGGUUUUUAAUCUCGCAUUUAACGGGAAAUAUGAGCAAUGAUUGACAUGUAAGAUAUCUUCGAUACGAGGAUAGUUGUAGGAUGUGUGUAAUUUCUAGGCAAUAUAAAUGAAAGAAAUAAUAAAACAAAGAAAUGAACCAAAUUUCCGCUCAUGAGUCAUGACUAAUCCUGUAGUCCUGAUAGAAAAUUAAAAAGCACUCGCAAAUGCUGUUUGAUUUUUUGAUUGUUCAAAUUAAUA